AAGGCAGUGGAGGCUUUGACGGCGAAGAAGAUUCGCCUGGUGUCGCUGGUCGGCUGCCCCGGCACCGGCAAGACGUGGUGCGGGUGGCUGGUGGCCUACACCCUGCAGAAGGCGGGCAAGAAGACGCUGCACCUGACCAUCAGGAAUUCGACCGUGACGGCCAUCGCCAACUUCAAGGAGAAGAGGCAGCAGUACGAGGAGGUGCACUGGAACGGGCACAUGCUAAAGCAGGUCCUGGGGGAGUCGCAGUGCCAGGUCUGCAUCGUGGACGUGAGCAUGAACGAAGCCGUUGAAGCGGCUCGCAUCUUCACCGGCAUCCAGCAGCUGAUCGAGGACCAAAAGUUCGCUCACGUGAAGUUCAUGGGGCUGCUGUCUGGCCACGGCCAGGAGAAGAUCACAGGCAAGCAGCUGUGUUUGCAGGUCUUGCAAAAGCUUGUGCUUUGGAGUUGGAGCGAAGAGGAGGUCGCCACUUUCUGUACAAAGCUGAAAGAUGCAGGUUCGAAGCCUCCACCUGACGAGGCCUACAAGGUGUGUGGAGGAACUGUGCGGUAUUUCUUCCGACUUAAAGAAGACGAGAACAGAAUUAGAGAAGCCGUGCGGGGGCUCUCCCAAGAUGAGAUGAAGAAGUUGCUGGCUCUGGAUAUGACCUUAGACGACCAGCAGGGGAAGAACCGCACCAGACUUCUCGCGUUCUUUCCCCGCAACGUUUCCAAUGCAGAGGAUAAGAGCUUCGCAGACGGCAUCAUGUCAGCGCAGCCGAUGCCCCGCUCCGACUUCGUCAUCAAGUUCAUCAAGGAGAACGAGUUCGCAGGGUUCGAGGAGGUUGCAAAGAUGUACAGGAGACUCUCGGUUCAGCUUUCACUUCGCAGCAGCGACGAGAACAUCACUGACACGCAUGUGGAUUGCGCACAUUUCAAUGUGAAGCCCUGCAGCAUAGAAGAGUAUGACGAUGAGAAGAUGGUGGUCGGCGCUGACCUUGUGGGCUACUUCACACCAGACGACCCGCGAUAUCCUGUGCUCGACAGCAUUCUCAGGUACAAGUCUGCCGACAAGACCGAGGUGCUGGCCAUCCAGAUCAGCAUUGCCUUGACUCACCAGCAUGGCAAGCUCGCCCUGCCGAAGUUGCUGCCCCUGCCAGAAAGUGGUAAGCCGCGGUUGGCCUUGUGGGACUUUCCCCCAGGCAAACCUUGCAAGUGGAAACCCGAAGAAUCUGAGCACUGGGAGCUGCUGCAUGUUGGCUGCGAGGGCUUUGACGAGCGUAUGCGUGGCCGCUUGUAA